UUAAUUUUCUUUAAAACACUUCGAUAUGCGUAAAGCCUGGUAUAAAAUUCGCGAAUAGGAUUUAGUUUUGACAUUGGAGAUGGUGGUAUAUUGAACAUAGUAGAUUGAAUCCAAAUUGAGAUUAUCAUUUUACUUCUCUUCAACGCGAGAUUCUACGAUACUAAAAACGUCAAGAUGGCGAUGGGAAGGAAAACAAACGUGCGGCUCCCUCCUGAGGUGAACAGAAUCCUCUAUGUGCGGAACCUUCCCUACAAGAUAACUGCAGAAGAGAUGUACGACAUAUUUGGGAAAUACGGGGCCAUCAGACAGAUCAGGGUAGGCAACACUCCAGAAACCCGAGGCACAGCAUUUGUCGUGUAUGAAGACAUAUUCGAUGCCAAGAACGCCUGUGAUCACCUCUCAGGCUUUAAUGUGUGUAACAGAUACCUGGUAGUCCUCUACUACCAGUCCACAAAGGCUUUCAAGAAGACAGACACAGACAAAAAGCAACAAGAUUUGGACAAUAUGAAAGCCAAAUACGGACUAAGUACCCCAGAUCUAUCUAAGUCAAAAUGAUAGAUCCUGUGUACUGCUGUAAGACAAUAUCAAGAUCUUUAUAAGGCCCUUUUUUAUGUUGAGCAGUGCAAUUUUCUGUAUCCCACCAAAUUUACUGGUAAUUAUAGGGCGAAGGGUGAGGGGGUUUCCCCCUUUCACAAGCCUCAAUUUACCAAUAAUGAUUUUCUGCUUAACAGGAUGUUGCGAGUGUGGUUCAUUUAGGUGACUCUUUUACAAAAUGGCCAGUCUAUCAAUUCGUCAAUCUCACAAACUGUUAUGGUACAGAACACUGUCAUGCUUGACGUUUUAAGGGCCCAAAGUACAUGGAGAUAAUCACUCUUUAAAGAUUUUGGAAAGGAGGGAGAAUGUUUGACCUGGUUUCAUUGAAGAAUUUUGGGUCUAAAAGUGAUUCAGAAAUAUUUUAAGACACAAAAAAGAUCUGUUUAAUGAAUUUAGAAUGAAUGUGCAGCUGUCCACUAAAGGCGAAACAUUGUCUUUUUAAAAUAAAUAGCUGUUUCUUGUUGUUAAACGGGUGCAAUAUUUAAGUUGACAUGGAUAUCUUGGUUCAAGGAUGGCUUGCAGUGAAGAUCAAUUUUUCAUUCCAAAGUUCUGCUGUGAAACAAUUGUGGAGGCCAUGUUUCAUCUGAUAUGUUUCAGAUACUUUGUUACAUGAGGAAAAACCUUUUAAGUUAGCAUUAUAUAGAAGCAAAAGCUGAAGAUGGGAGUGAGGACAACAGGCACUCUUAAUAAACUUCAAAAUAUGUAAUGGAGGCACAUGAAAACAGAAAUACCCAUUGUGCAAUGAAAGUGGAAUGGAUUUAUCAUGUAAAAAUCAAGAAGUAAGUGGCAGAUGGAGAAUUUGUAUUUUUAAGGGCUGCAGAAAAGGUACGGGUGCAGUGUAAAUACAGGCCUCGUAAUUUCCAAAAUAAUUUCACUGGGGUAAUUUGUUUUCAGAUUGUGGCGAGUUGAUGUACAUCACUGAAUGUAUUUGUAAUUUGAGAGAUUAAAUUAAAUAUUUUGAAAUAAAUAUGCAUUGCUAAA